UGUGUACAUGGCCUGUAGGUGGCGGUAAAUGGACUCGCGCUGCUCCAUCUGCUCCACCAGAAGAAGAGGGAGAUUCAAAACACAGCUGCUGUGACAGCGAUAAAGUUAUCAACAUGUGCGAUGGCAACAUCAGCUGUGCAGUCGUUCGAAUUGAACCUCUUCACGAGCGCUGGGACCUAGUGGAACGUUGUGCAGAAUUACUCGGUACCCAAUGGCAGCGCAGCAUGGGGGCACGAAUUCACUCGCUCCGUCAGUCGAGCCACAGCUAUCCAGUGUGUCUCCUGCUGCUGAAUGGGGAGAGACAGACUCAAGACGAGAAGCUGAUAGGCCAUGCCCGCUUGUCCUGCGUUCUGGGGAGCCGUAGUCUGUUUGUGGAGUCGGUCGUGGUGUGCACCGCAUUACGAGGGAAGGGUUAUGGCCGUAUCCUGAUGGAGGGUGUUGAGUGGUAUGCCAAAGGACGGGGCUGCACCCGAUUGUGUCUUACCACCCAUGAUAAGCAGCACUUCUAUGCCCAUCUAGGGUUUGUGCUGUCCAAACCUGUCCAAAGUGUCGGGACGCUGGCCUCCUUCAUGCCCAUGGAGGUGCUGCACAAGUUCUGUAAAAGUGCAGAGGAGGAGGAAGAAGGGAGGAAGAGUGAUGGUAAUUUUAACAAUCCUGCAUCAACUGUACCUUCCAUUUUACCACCACCUCUUCCUCCUCCUCCUCCACCACCUCCUCCACUCUCCAGUCCUCCUGCUCCUCCACCUCUACCAUCUUGUCCCCUGUCAUCCUUGGCUCAAGUUACACAGACUCUGGAGCAAACGCCGUACACUGACAACAGAGGGCUGCCCAUCUUCUGGAUGCACAAGGACAUCUGAGACUCAUACUGCUCUUCUUCAGUCUGUAAUAAUUCAGGGAUACACAAAUAGUGUUUACAGGACAAGAAGGAUCUCAUAAACCUGAACUGUUUGAACUGUAUUGACUCAAAAUACUGUGGCAAUCUGAAAGUGCCUUAAUACCAAUGUUUCCUUUGUUUUAACUGCUGAAAAAAAUAAUAAUUUAAAGGAUGUAUCUUAUCACAUCUCUCUAAAACAAAUGUCACUGGUGAGAUUAUGAGCUACUUUUAAUGGAUUACAUCAAAAUAAAAACUUUCUAUAAACUU